CAGUCAAUGCAGUACAACUAUCAAAUUCCACCGCCACCGCCGCAGCAGCAACAGGCCCACCAUGUGCAAGCACAGUUUCAACCGACACCACCGCAACAGCCAAUGCAGCCAAUGCAGCAGCAAGCGCAGCAGGCCCAGCAGCAAUACCAACAGCAGCAGCAGCAGGCUCAGCAGGCUCAGCAGGCUCAGCAGCAACAGCGUCCCAACUUCCAGAUGGCACUGCUGCCGCCGCCCCAGGACCGUUUGUACAACACAUGGGACGACCUGAGGGAGGACGUCAAGGCUUUCGCCAAAUCGCAGGGCUACGCCAUAGUGAUUGUGUCCUCGCUGAAUCGCGACGCCGAGGGCCAGUAUCGCCGCUAUAACAUGUGCUGUGCGAAAGGCGGUAAGAGCUACGCGUCGCACAGCAAGGGACUCCGCAACACGCGCUCGGCCAAGACGGGCUGCCCGAUGCGCAUGAAGGCGAUCCAGGAGAAGGCGUGGCCGUACAACGACAAGUGGCACGUCAUCGUGCAGUGCGCCGAGCACAACCACGAGCCCUUCACGGGCGGCCCCGGGGCCAACGCGCCCUCGCAGUUCCGCAAGAUCGAGGAGGACGGCAAGCGCUGGAUCAUGAUCAUGCACCGCGAGGCCCAGUGCAACCUGCGCCAGCUGACCAUCGGCAUCCGCAUCUCUUUUGGCGACAAAUACCAGUACGUCAAGAAGAGCGACGUGCGCAACAUGCUGGCCAAGAUCAAGCGCGAAGAGGAGCGCAAGGCCGCUGCAGCCGCCGCGGCGCAGGGCCUGCCGAGCAACGCGCCCUACACGCUCAUCCCGGCCUCGCACCUGCCGCCGCCUCCUCCGCCGGCGCAGGUCGAGAGGCUGCCCGCCUUGCCGGCGGACAUGCAGGUCGCGGACCCGGAUCUGGAGUCGGACGAUGACGGCGAUGAG